AUGUCGCUCGCAGCGUCAGCAGCUACAUCGCGCAUUUCUCGCCAGCACGACCCCGUCCUGCAGAUUAUUGCUGGUGUACGUCACGAGCUUUUGCGAGGCCCACCAAGACUCUGCCAGGCUUCAGACCACGAAGAAAUCGCCAAGACAGAUAUUUGCACCUCUUCCGCUCUGCAUUGCGUCGAGAAUAUCGGUCUGGCUCAUAGUUACCGAGACGGCUCUCAAUCCAAGGAGACGCUUGACCAGGGCGUAUGGUGCCUCGCGAGAGCUGGCGACAGCGCAGAUCGCUUCAGGCCAGACCACAACCAGGAAGAACUCACAAAGGAAGACCAUGAGUUACUCCAAUUGCAGCUCAUCUUUAAAGAAGACAAAUUCUGCAAAUAA